GAAACCCAGUCCUAUGCUCGGUUCAGUCUACCAAGUAGGGAGGUCAGUGGGGGGGAACGUCAGUUGAGCGUGGUUCGUGUCGUUUGUGGAUUGUUUGUACAUUUCCUUUGCAAGUCAGUUCUUCUGAUCAGUGCGAGUGAAACAUCGUUAAAAGGUUAGUUUACCGAACAUUUAGUUUGAUACAGUCCUUAAGUUCAUUCCCAGAAUCAAGUAGACAUGAUAGAGAUUCAGAAAACGUAGUUGAUAUAUACCUUCCGCUUUCGAAUUCGUUAUCAGAUUAUUCACUGGUUUUAUUGCAAUUCAUUUGAUUUCAAAAAAAAUCAUGUCACCUCAUACCUGUCAUAUCUAUCUUCAAAUUUUUAACUUCCGUGCUGCAUAAAGCCGCGUUUUUCAAACGCUGCUCACUCCCUCCUCCCCAACCCGAAUUUAUUCCUCUGUACUUACACCUAGCUUGUAUGCGUAGUGUAUCAACCCUUUUCAACAUGUUACAUUCCAGCCCCGGCGGAAUUUUUAGAGUAAACAAAUAAGAUAUUCAUUGACCAAGGGAUCAUAAAAAGUUUCUAAAACAUUAGUGCAGAAAAGCUACUCUGGUUCGGAUAGACAACAGAUGUAGGGAUUAAAUUUACAUGCGGACUUUAGUCUGGCAUGGAUGGGUGCAUGUUAGAUGCAGGGUCUAAUUUACAUGCCGACACUAGCUUCAGUGGCCCUUUUGUUGUACAAGGGAGGAUUUUACGGUUCGGCGCAUGUGCAAGCCAUGACAUUAGGUUAUAUUUUAGAAACAAAUUGACAAGUUAAAUUGCAUUUCUGAGAUAUAUAUACAUAGUUUGAGGAUUAUUUUUUCCAUAGAGAGUUUUUUGGUUAGGCCAAGCCAUGACAUUAGGUUAUAUUAAAAAAAAAAAUUGACAAGUUAAAUUGCAUUCCUGAAAUAUAUUUACACAGUUUGAGGAUUUUGGUUUCCCCAGAGAGUUUUUUGUUUAAACCAUUCACUAUCUUAAAUGGUCUAUAAACAGAGAGCUUAUAACACUUAUAACCAGACUAAAAAAGCUUUUCAAAGAAAGCAAUAUUCCUAUUUCGAACAUUCUGGGUGAAACCCAGUCCUAUGCUCCGUUCAGUCUACCAAGUAGGGAGGUCAGUGGGGUGGAACGUCAGUUGGGCCGUUGUUCGUGUUGUUUGUGGAUUGUUUCUACAUUUCCUUUGCAAGUCAGUUCUUCUGAUCAGUGCGAGUGAAACAUCGUUAAAAGGUUAGUUUACCAAACAUUUAGUUUGAUACAGUCCUUAAGUUCAUUCCCAGAAAAAAGUAGACAUGAUAGAGAUACAAAAAACGUGGUUAAUACCUUCGGCUUUCGAAUUCGUUAUCAGAUUAUUCACUGGUUUUAUUGCAAUUCAUUCGGUUGUAAAAAAAAAACCAUGUCACCUCAUGGUUUACCUGUCAUCUCCAUCUUCAAAUUUUUAGCCUUUGUGCUGCAUAAAGGCGCGUUUUUCAAACAAUGGUCACUCCCUCCUCCCCAACUUGAAUUUAUUCCUCUAUAAGUACACCUAUAUUGUAUGCGUAGCUUAUCAGCCAUUUCCAACAUGUUACAUUCCUGCCCCGGCGGAAUUUUUAUGGUGAAUAAAUAAGUUACUCAUUGACUAAGGGAUCAUAAAGAGCUUUUAAAACAUUAGUGAAGAAAAGCUACUCUGGUUUGUGACGAUAGGUUUUGCCCUUCCAACUAAAAAGCACAAAUCUGGGAAAUAAGCGUUAAGAGAAUUCGAGCGACUUCGGCGUCUGAACAACAAGGGGGAAAACUAAUUCUGCAACUCGCUUGGCUAGCGGAGAAGGAACUCUCACUGUUCCACGGUACUAGGAUCUGCUAAAACUGGAAAACAGGACAGCACUCAAACUUAAACUUUAACAGUUUAAUCGUCAGCUCGUGGACGUAAAUCAUACAGACAUGUGCAUCAAAUAAUGUAAAUCGUACAAGCAUGUAAAUCCGCAAUGUAAAUCGAAAAACAGGGAUAACAGUGCUCUAUUUAUACUAACCGAUCAACUUAUCACAGCAUCACAAAACAAAUGGAAAGAAGGCUGAAUAAAAUCAGCUGAACACUGAGAACAAACCUGACUAAAUUCAGCUUUAAAAUUCAUAUGUUAAACUAAACGACUCAAAAUGAAAUGUCAGUCAAGCAAGUGAAUUUAGGAAAUUUACAAAGAAAGCUGUGUAAACUUGAGAAUUCGAGUUUCCUUUGCUCAGGAUUCCUUAAAAUUGUGUCAAAACUGAAAAAUUAAGACGGUUGGUAUUUGAACAGGAGAAAGAUCCAGUUGUUCAGUGACUAAGCUGUAUAAUUAUCCAGAAACAAAUUAUCCUUUUAAAAGUAAACAGUGAAAUAAAAUGUGCAUAAUUUAAGGGAACUAAAACAUCUCAUUGCAAAUUCAGUAUAAAUUACGGCGAAAACAACUUUAAAUGGAGUCUAAGAGCUAGAUUUGAAAUUUGAGGCGAACAGAGAAUUCAUAGGAAAUUUCUCCUUACAGUUUGGAUAGACAAUAGAUGGGGGGACUAAAUUUACAUGUGGACGUUAGUCUGGCAUGGAUGGGUGCAUGUUAGAUGAAGAGUCUAAUAAUUCAGAUGCCGACAUUAGCUUCAGUGGCCCUUUUGUUUUACAAGGGAGGAUUUUACGGUUCGGAGCAUGUGCAAGCCACGACAUUAGGUUAUAUUAGUAUACUAGUAAGGGAGGUAUUGGAGUAUAAAGCACAUAAAGUGGCAGCCAUUCUAUGUAUUUCCACGAGAACUGUGGAAAGUUAAAAGAGCUAAAAUUCUCUUGGUAAAGUGGCCUAUAAAGGGGGAGCUUAUAACGGUUAUAACCAGACUAAAAACUCGUUUUAAAGCAAGCAACAUUCCUAAUUUCGUUUGCCGAGCAUUCUGAGUGAAAGCCAGUCCUAUGCUCGGUUCAGUCUACCAAUGUACGGAGGUCAGUGGGGUGGAACGUCAGUUGGGUGUUGUUCGUGCUGUUCGUGGUUGGUUUACAUUUCCUUUACAAGUCUGUUCUUCUGAUCUGUGCGAGUGAAACAUCAUAAAAAGGUCAAUUUAUCGAACGCUUAGUUUGAUACAGUCCUUAAGUUCAUUCCCAGAAGCAAGUAGACAUGAUAGAGAUUCAGAAAACGUAGUUGAUAUAUACCUUCCGCUUUCGAAUUCGUUAUCAGAUUAUUCACUGCUUUUUUUUGCAAUUCAUUCGGUAUCAAAAAAAUAUCAUGUCAAAUUUUUAUCCUUUGUGCUGCAUAAAGGUGCGUGUUUCAAAAGAUGCUCACUCCACGCUCCCCAACCCGAAUUUAUUCCUCUAUAAGUACACCUAGUUUGAAUGCGUCUUUUAUCAACCCUUUCCAACAUGUUACAUCCCUGCCCCGGCGGAAUUUUUGUAGUGAAUAUAUAAGCUACUAAUUGACCAAGGAAUCAUAAACAGUUUCUAAAACAGAAAAGCUACUCUGGUUGGGAUAGACAACAGAUGUAGGGAUUAAAUUUACAUGCUUACGUUAGUCUGGCAUGGAUGGGUGCAAUUUACAUGCCGACGCUAACUUCAGUCGCCCUUUUGUUUUACAAGGGAGGAUUUUACGGUUCGGCGCAUGUGCAAGCCAUGACAUUAGGUUAUAUUUUAGAAACAAAUUUACAAGUUAAAUUGCAUUUCUGAGAUAUAUAUAUAUACAUAGUUUGAGGAUUAUUUUUUCCAUAGAGAGUUUUUUGGUUAGGCCAUUCACUAUCUUAUGUUCCAUACUUAUCUCUGCUAUUUCCCCGCUCCUUCAGCAUCUGAUAAUUUAGAAAGCAGACAUUUCGUCGCAUCAUUUUAAGAGCGAGUAACGAAUAAACGCCCCGAGCCACAAUAAACACAACUGAAUAAUCGUGAUAUUUAUGCUUGUAGCUGAUGACCGAAACACAGACUGAGAAUUAAAGAAGACAAAAGACUUGCUACAAGCUAAUUCGUAAUAUCACAAAAUAAAACGGACUCCAGCAAGGGAGAUGUUGGAGUAUAAAGCACAUGAAGUGGCGGCCAUUCUAGGUAUUUCCACGAGAACUGUGGAAAGUUAAAAGAGCUAAAAUUCUCUUGGUAAAGUCGCCUAUAAACGGGGAGCUUAUAACAGUUAUAACCAGACUAAAAACUCGUUUUUAAGCAAGCAACAUUCUUAAUUUCGUUUGCCGAGCAUUCUGAGUGAAACUAAGUCCUAUGCUCCGUUCAGUCUACCAAUUAGGGAGGUCAGUGGGGUGGAACGUCAGUUGGGUGUUGUUCGUGUUGUAAGUGGAUUGUUUGUACAUUUCCUUUGCAAGUCAGUUCUUCUGAUCAGUGCGAGUAAAACAUCGUUAAAAGGUUAGUUUACCAAACAUUUAGUUUGAUACAGUCCUUAAGUUCAUUCCCAGAUGAAGAAGACAUGAUAGAGAGAAAAAACGUGGUUUAUACCUUCCGCUUUCGAAUUCGAUAUCAGAUUAUUCACUGGUUUUUUUGCAAGUCAUUCGGUUGCAAAAAAAAAUCAUGUCACCUCAUAGUUUACCUGUCAUCUCCAUCUUCAAAUUUUUAGCCUUUGUGCUGCGUAAAGGCGCGUUUUUCAAACAAUGCUCACUCCCUCCUCCCCAACCCGAAUUUAUUCCUCUAUAAGUACACCUACAUUGUAUGCGAAGUUUGUCAGCCACUUCCAACAUGUUACAUUCCUGCCCCGGCGGAAUUUUUAUAGUGAAUAAAUAAGUUACUCAUUGACUAAGGGAUCAUAAAGAGCUUCUAAAACAUUAGUACAGAAAAGCUACUCUGGUUUGUGACGAUAGGUUUUUCCCUUCCAAGCACAAAUCGGGGAAAUAAGCUUUAACAGAAUUCGAGCGACUUCGGCGUCUGAACAACAAGGGAGAAAACUAAUUCUGCAACUCGCUUGGCUAACGGGGAAGGAACUCGUCACUGUUCCACGGUACUAGGAUCUGCUAAAACUGGAAAACAGGACAGCACUCAAAUUUGGACUUCAACAGUUUAAUCGUCAGCUCGUGGACGUAAAUCAUACAGACAUGUGCAUCAAAUAAUGUAAAUCGUACAAGCAUGUAAAUCCGCAAUGUAAAUCGAAAAACAGGGAUAACAGUGCUCUAUUUAUACUAACCGAUCAACUUAUUACAGCAUCACAAAACAAAUGGAAAGAAGGCAGAGUAAAAUCAGCUGAACACUGAAAACAAACCUGACUAAAUUCAGCUUUAAAAUUCAUAUGUUAAACUAAACGACUCAAAAUGAAAUGUCAGUCAAGCAAGUGAAUUUAGGAAAUUUACAAAGAAAGCUGUGUAAACUUGAGAAUUCGAGUUUCCUUUGCUCAGGAUUCCUUAAAAUUGUGUCAAAACUGAAAAAUUAAGACGGUUGGUAUUUGAACAGGAGAAAGAUCCAGUUGUUCAGUGACUAAGCUGUAUAAUUAUCCAGAAACAAAUUAUCCUUUUAAAAGUAAACAGUGAAAUAAAAUGUGCAUAAUUUAAGGGAACUAAAACAUCUCAUUGCAAAUUCAGUAUAAAUUACGGCGAAAACAACUUCAAAUGGAGUUUAAGAGCUAGAUUUGAAAUUCGAGGCGAAUAAAGAAUUCAUAGGAAAUUUCUCCUUACAGUUUGGAUAGACAACAGAUGGAGGGACUAAAUUUACAUGUGGACGUUAGUCUGGCAUGGAUGGGUGCAUGUUAGAUGAAGAGUCUAAUAAUUUAGAUGCCGACAUUAGCUUCAGUGGCCCUUUUGUUUUACAAGGGAGGAUUUUACGGUUCGGCGCAUGUGCAAGCCACGUAAUUAGGUUAUAUUAGUACACUAGUAAGGGAGGUAUUGGAGUAUAAAGCACAUGAAGUGGCGGCCAUUCUAUGUAUUUCCACGAGAACUGUGGAAAGUUAAAAGAGCUAAAAUUCUCUUGGUAAAGUGACCUAUAAACGGGGAGCUUAUAACAGUUAUAACCAGACUAAAAACUCGUUUCAAAGCAAGCAGCAUUCCUAAUUUCGUUUGCAGAGCAUUCUGAGUGAAACCCAGUCCUAUGCUCGGUUCAGUCUACCAAGUACGGAGGUCAGUGGGGUGGAACGUCAGUUGGGUGUUGUUCGUGUUGUUCGUGGUUGGUUUACAUUUCCUUUACAAGUCUGUUCUUCUGAUCUGUGCGAGUGAAACAUCAUAAAAAGGUUAAUUUAUCGAACGUUUAGUUUGAAACAGUCCUUAAGUUCAUUCCCAGAAGCAAGUAGACAUGAUAGAGAUUCAGAAAACGUAGUUGAUAUAUACCUUCCGCUUUCGAAUUCGUUAUCAGAUUAUUCACUGCUUUUUUUUUGCAAUUCAUUCGGUUUCAAAAAUUAUCAUGUCACCUCAUAGUUUACCCGUCAUCUCCAUCUUCAAAUGUUUAUCCUUUGUGCUGCAUAAAGGUGCGUGUUUCAAAAGAUGCUUUCUCCACGCUCCCCAACCCGAAUUUAUUCCUCUAUAAGUACACCUAGUUUGAAUGCGUCGUUUAUCAACCCUUUCCAACAUGUUACAUCCCUGCCCCGGCGGAAUUUUUAUAGUGAAUACAUAAGCUACUAAUUGACCAAGGGAUCAUAAACAGUUUCUAAAACAUUAGUACAGAAAAGCUACUAUGGUUCGGAUAGACAACUGAUGUAGGGAUUAAAUUUACAUGUUUACGUUAGUCUGGCAUGGAUGGGUGCAAUUUACAUGCCGACGCUAACUUCAAUCGCCCUUUUGUUUUACAAGGGAGGAUUUUACGGUUCGGCGCAUGUGCAAGCCAUGACAUUAGGUUAUAUUUUAAAAACAAAUUGACAAGUUAAAUUGCAUUUCUGAGAUAUAUAUACAUAGUUUGAGGAUUAUUUUUUCCAUAGAGAGUUUUUUGGUUAGGCCAUUCACUAUCUUAUGGUCCAUACUUAUCUCUGCUAUUUCCCCGCUCCUUCAGCAUCUGAUAAUUUAGAAAGCAGACAUUUCGUCGCAUCAUUUUAAGGUCUCGGUAAAGGAAAACGAGGUGCCCACAGAAAAAAAUUCUAGUCGCGCGAGUAUUUUCGCUAAAAAGGCAAGUUAUAAAUCAAAUUAAAGCUAAAAGACUAAAUUGCCUUAUAAAAGAUUUUAUUUCAUCGAAUUUCAAAAGGGGCUUAACUUUUUUGCUCUCGAACUCAGAGGUAUCGAGGUUACUGCUGAAGCUCCAGCCCUUUCGCGUUGUUAAAUAUUCACUUUCUUUUUUUAAAUGCGUCUGAUUGACAGAUAAAAGGCCUAAAAAUAUGUGUGAGGAAAUUUGCAUAUGUCUCGUAUUAGCGGAAUUAUUGCAUUUCAAACUAAAAAGUCGAAUCUCGAGUGCGAUUUACGCAAAGAAACUGACAUAAAAUCAGUUACAAAGGGAAAUCGGAAAAUUCCUCACACCUUUUAUGAGUCUAUAUCAUUAUCCAUCAUAUCUGAAAGUUUCAAACCGAUAGCUUAAAACCUGUCCCGACUGGAGGUCGGAGAAUUUUGAUUUUUGCGUCUAAAAUAGAGUGAGAGAAAAUCAGCUCUAAAGAUUUAGCGCGGGUCCACGCUUGGCUGGUUAGCUCAGAAAAGGCUCAUUUUAGAAGGGUUAAAAAGCACUUUCUGGUUUUCUUUUUCUGUCAAAAUAAAAUUUAGGACCCACUCAUGCCAAAAAUCCAAAAAAAACAAAAUCGAGCAAUGUACUAAAAUUUUCAUUUACCGAGACCUUAAGAGCGAGUAACAAAUAAACGCCCCCAGCAACAAUAAACACAACUGAAUAAUCGUGAUAUUUAUGCUUGUAGCUGAUGACCGAAACACAGACUGGAAUUGCAGAAGACAAAAGACUUGCUACAAGCUAAUUCGUAAUAUCACAAAAUAAAACGGACUCUAGCAAGGGAGGUAUUGGAGUAUAAAGCACAUGAAGUGGCGGCCAUUCUAGGUAUUUCCACGACAACUGUGGAAAGUUAAAAGAACUAAAAUUCUCUUGGUAAAGUGGCCUAUAAACGGGGAGCUUAUAACAGUUAUAACCAGACUAAAAUCUCGUUUAAAAGCAAGCAACAUUCCUAAUUUCGUUUGCCGAGCAUUCUGAGUGAAACCCAGUCCUAUGCUCCGUUCAGUCUACCAAUUAGGGAGGUCAGUGGGGUGGAACGUCAGUUGGGUGUUGUUCGUGCUGUUUGUGGAUUGUUUCUACAUUUCCUUUGCAAGUCAGUUCUUCUGAUCAGUGCGAGUAAAACAUCAUUAAAAGGUUAGUUUACCAAACAUUUAGUUUGAUACAGUCCUUAAGUUCAUUCCCAGAUGAAGAAGACAUGAUAGAGAGACAAAAAACGUGGUUUAUACCUUCCGCUAUCGAAUUCGAUAUCAGAUUAUUCACUGGUUUUAUUGCAAUUCAUUCGGUUGCAAAAAAAAUCAUGUCACCUCAUAGUUUACCUGUCAUCUCCAUCUUCAAAUUUUUAGCCUUUGUGCUGCUUAAAGGCGCGUUUUUCAAACAAUGCUCACUCCCUCCUCCCCAACUCGAAUUUAUUCCUCUAUAAGUACACCUACAUUGUAUGCGAAGUUUAUCAGCCACUUCCAACAUGUUACAUUCCUGCCCCGGCGGAAUUUUUAUAGUGAAUAAAGAAGUUACUCAUUGAGUAAGGGAUCAUAAAGAACUUCUAAAACAUUAGUGCAGAAAAGCUACUCUGGUUUGUGACGAUAGGUUUUGCCCUUCCAAGCACAAAUCGGGGAAAUAAGCGUUAACAGAAUUCGAGCGACUUCGGCGUCUGAACAACAAGGGGGAAAACUAAUUCUGCAACUCGCUUGGCUAACGGGGAAGGAACUCGUCACUGUUCCACGGUACUAGGAUCUGCUAAAACUGGAAAACAGGACAGCAUUCAAACUUGGACUUCAACAGUUUAAUCGUCAGCUCGUGGACGUAAAUCAUACAGACAUGUGCAUCAAAUAAUGUAAAUCGUACAAGCAUGUAAAUCCGCAAUGUAAAUCGAAAAACAGGGAUAACAGUGCUCUAUUUAUACUAACCGAUCAACUUAUUACAGCAUCACAAAACAAAUGGAAAGAAGGCUGAAUAAAAUCAGCUGAGCACUGAAAACAAACCUGACUAAAUUCAGCUUUAAAAUUCAUAUGUUAAACUAAACGACUCAAAAUUAAAUGUCAGUCAAGCAAUUGAAUUUAGGAAAUUUACAAAGAAAGCUGUGUAAACUUGAGAAUUCGAGUUUCCUUUGCUCAGGAUUCCUUAAAAUUGUGUCAAAACUGAAAAAUUUAGACGGUUGGUAUUUGAAUAGGAGAAAGAUCCAGUUGUUCAGUGACUAAGCUGUAUAAUUAUCCAGAAACAAAUUAUCCUUUUAAAAGUAAACAGUGAAAUAAAAUGUGCAUAAUUUAAGGGAACUAAAACAUCUCAUUGCAAAUUCAGUAUAAAUUACGGCGAAAACAACUUCAAAUGGAGUUUAAGAGCUAGAUUUGAAAUUCGAGGCGAAUAAAGAAUUCAUAGGAAAUUUCUCCUUACAGUUUGGAUAGACAACAGACGGAGGGACUAAAUUUACAUGUGGACGUUAGUCUGGCAUGGAUGGGUGCAUGUUAGAUGAAGAGUCUAAUAAUUUAGAUGCCGACAUUAGCUUCAGUGGCCCUUUUGUUUUACAAGGGAGGAUUUUACGGUUCGGCGCACGUGUAAGCCACGACAUUACGUUAUAUUAGCAUACUAGUAAGGGAAGUAUUGGAGUAUAAAGCACAUGAAGUGGCAGCCAUUCUAUGUAUUUCCACGAGAACUGUGGAAAGUUAAAAGAGCUAAAAUUCUCUUGGUAAAGUGGCCUAUAAACGGGGAGCUUAUAACAGUUAUAACCAGACUAAAAACUCGUUUUAAGCAAGCAACAUUCCUAAUUUCGUUUGCCGAGCAUUCUGAGUGAAAGCCAGUCCUAUGCUCGGUUCAGUCUACCAAGUACGGAGGUCAGUGGGGUGGAACGUCAGUUGGGUGUUGUUCGUGUUGUUCGCGGUUGGUUUACAUUUCCUUUACAAGUCUGUUCUUCUGAUCUGUGCUAGUGAAACAUCAUAAAAAUGUUAAUUUAUCGAACGUUUAGUUUGAUACAGUCCUUAAGUUCAUUCCCAGAAGCAAGUAGACAUGAUAGAGAUUCAGAAAACGUAGUUGAUAUAUACCUUCCGCUUUCGAAUUCGUUAUCAGAUUAUUCACUGCUUUUUUUUGCAAUUCAUUCGGUUUCAAAAAAAUAUCAUGUCACCUCAUAGUUUACCCGUCAUCUCCAUCUUCAAAUUUUUAUCCUUUGUGCUGCUUAAAGGUGCGUGUUUCAAAAGAUGCUCACUCCACGCUCCCCAACCCGAAUUUAUUCCUCUAUAAGUACACCUAGUUUGAAUGCGUCGUUUAUCAACCCUUUCCAACAUGUUACAUCCCUGCCCCGGCGGAAUUUUUAUAGUGAAUACAUAAGCUACUAAUUGACCAAGGGAUCAUAAACAGUUUCUAAAACAUUAGUACAGAAAAGCUACUCUGGCUUGGAUAGACAACAGAUGUAGAGAUUAAAUUUACAUGUGGACGUCAGUCUGGCAUGGAUGGGUGCAAUUUACAUGCCGACGCUAACUUCAGUCGCCCUUUUGUUUUACAAGGGAGGAUUUUACGGUUCGGCGCAUGUGCAAGCCAUGACAUUAGGUUAUAUUUUAAAAACAAAUUGACAAGUUAAAUUGCAUUUCUGAGAUAUAUAUACAUAGUUUGAGGAUUAUUUUUUCCAUAGAGAGUUUUUUGGUUAGGCCAUUCACUAUCUUAUGUCCCAUACUUAUCUCUGCUAUUUCCCCGCUCCUUCAGCUUCUGAUAAUUUAGAAAGCAGACAUUUCGUCGCAUCAUUUUAAGGUCUCGGUAAAGGAAAACGAGGUGCCCACAGAAAAAAUUCUAGUCGCGCGAGUAUUUUCGCUAAAAAGGCAAGUUAUAUAUCAAAUUAAAGCUAAAAGACUAAAUUACCUUAUAAAAGAUUUUAUUUCAUCGAAUUUCAAGAAGGCGCUUAAGUUUUUUGUUCUCGAACUCAGAGGUAUCGAGGUUACUGCUGAAGCUCCAGCCCUUUCGCGUUGUUAAAUAUUCACUUCCUUUUUAAUGCGUCUGAUUGACAGAUAAAAGACCUAAAAACGGUGUGAGGAAAUUUGCAUAUGUCUCGUAUCAGCGGAAUUAUUGCAUUUCAAACUAAAAAGUCGAAUCUCGAGUGCGAUUUACGCAAAGAAACUGACAUAAAAUGAGUUACAAAGGGAAAUCGGAAAAUUCCUCACAACCUUUUUGAGUCUAUAUCAUUAUCCAUCAUAUCUGAAAGUUUCAAAGCGAUAGCUUAAAACCUGUCCCGACUGGAGGUCGGAGAAUUUUGAUUUUUGCGUCUAAAAUAGAGUGAGAGAAAAUCAGCUCUAAAGAUUUAGCGCGGGGUCCACGCUUGGCUGGUUAGCUCAGAAAAGGCUCAUUUUAGAAGGGUUAAAAAGCACUUUCUGGUUUUCUUUUUCUGUCAAAAUAAAAUUUAGGACCCACUCAUGCCAAAAAUCCAAAAAAAACAAAAUCGAGCAAUGUACUAAAAUUUUCAUUUACCGAGACCUUAAGAGCGAGUAACAAAAGACUUGCUACAAGCUAAUUCUUAAUAUCACAAAAUAAAACGGACUCUAGCAAGGGAGGUGUUGGAGUAUAAAGCACAUGAAGUGGCGGCCAUUCUAGGUAUUUCCACGACAACUGUGGAAAGUUAAAAGAACUAAAAUUCUCUUGGUAAAGUGGCCUAUAAACGGGGAGCUUAUAACAGUUAUAACCAGACUAAAAUCUCGUUUAAAAGCAAGCAACAUUCCUAAUUUCGUUUGCCGAGCAUUCUGAGUGAAACCCAGUCCUAUGCUCCGUUCAGUCUACCAAUUAGGGAGGUCAGUGGGGUGGAACGUCAGUUGGGUGUUGUUCGUGCUGUUUGUGGAUUGUUUCUACAUUUCCUUUGCAAGUCAGUUCUUCUGAUCUGUGCGAGUGAAACAUCGUUAAAAGGUUAGUUUACCAAACAUUUAGUUUGAUACAGUCCUUAAGUUCAUUCCCAGAUGAAGAAGACAUGAUAAAGAGACAAAAAACGUUGUUUAUACCUUCCGCUAUCGAAUUCGAUAUCAGAUUAUUCACUGGUUUUAUUGCAAUUCAUUCGGUUGCAAAAAAAAUCAUGUCACCUCAUAGUUUACCUGUCAUCUCCAUCUUCAAAUUUUUAGCCUUUGUGCUGCUUAAAGGCGCGUUUUUCAAACAAUGCUCACUCCCUCCUCCCCAACUCGAAUUUAUUCCUCUAUAAGUACACCUACAUUGUAUGCGAAGUUUAUCAGCCACUUCCAACAUGUUACAUUCCUGCCCCGGCGGAAUUUUUAUAGUGAAUAAAUAAGUUACUCAUUGAGUAAGGGAUCAUAAAGAACUUCUAAAACAUUAGUGCAGAAAAGCUACUCUGGUUUGUGACGAUAGGUUUUGCCCUUCCAAGCACAAAUCGGGGAGGGGGGGAAUUCGAGCGACUUCGGCGUCUGAACAACAAGGGGGAAAACUAAUUCUGCAACUCGCUUGGCUAGCGGGGAAGGAACCCGUCACUGUUCCACGGUACUAGGAUCUGCUAAAACUGGAAAACAGGACAGCACUCAAACUUGGACUUCAACAGUUUAAUCGUCAGCUCGUGCACGUAAAUCAUACAGAAAUUUGCAUCAAAUAAUGUAAAUCGUACAAGCAUGUAAAUCCGCAAUGUAAAUCGAAAAACAGGGAUAACAGUGCUCUAUUUAUACUAACCGAUCAACUUAUUACAGCAUCACGAAACAAAUGGAAAGAAGGCUGAAUAAAAUCAGCUGAGCACUGAAAACAAACCUGACUAAAUUCAGCUUUAAAAUUCAUAUGUUAAACUAAACGACUCAAAAUGAAAUGUCAGUCAAGCAAGUGAAUUUAGGAAAUUUACAAAGAAAGCUGUGUAAACUUGAGAAUUCGAGUUUCCUUUGCUCAGGAUUCCUUAAAAUGUCAAGACUGAAAACUUAAGACGGUUGGUAUAUUUGAAUAGGAGAAAGAUUAAGCUGUAUAAAUGUGCAUAAAUGUGCAUAAUUUAAGGGAACUAAAACAUCUCACUGUAAAUUCAGUACAAAUUACGGCGAAAACAACUUCAAAUGGAGUUUAAGAGCUAGAUUUGAAAUUCGAGGCGAAUAAAGAAUUCAUAGGAAAUUUCUCCUUACAGUUUGUUUAGUUUGGAUAGACAACAGAUGGAGGGACUAAAUUUACAUGUGGACGUUAGUCUGGCAUGGAUGGGUGCAUGUUAGAUGAAGAGUCUAAUAAUUUAGAUGCCGACAUUAGCUUCAGUGGCCCUUUUGUUUUACAAGGGAGGAUUUUACGGUUCGGCGCAUGUGCUAGCCACGACAUUAGGUUAUAUUAUUUUUAAAAACAAAUUGACAAGUUAAAUUGUAUUUCUGAAAUAUAUAUACAAAGUUUGAGGAUUUUGGUUUCCCCAGAGAGUUUUUUGUUUAGGCCUUCACUAGUUAUGUUCCAUAUACUUAUCUCAACCUCGAGGUUGUAUUAUCUCUGCUAUUUCCCCGCUCCUUCAGCGUCUGAUAAUUUAGAACGCAGACAUUUCGUCACAUCGUUUUAAGAGCGACUAACAAAUAAACACCCCGAGUGGCAAGAAACACAACUGAAUGAUCGUGAUAUCUAUGCUUGUAGCUGAUGACCGAAACCCAGACUGAGAAUUAAAGAAGACAAAUGACUUGCUACAAGCUAAUUCGUAAUAUCGCAAAAUAAAAACAGACUCUAGCAAGGGAGAUGUUGGAGUAUCAAGCACAUGAAGUGGCGGCCAUUCUAUGUAUUUCCACGAGAACCGUGGAAAGUUAAAAGAGCUAAAAUUCUCUUGGUAAAGUGGCCUAUAAACGGGGAGCUUAUAACAGUUAUAACCAGACUAAAAUCUCGUUUUAAGCAAGCAACAUUCUUAAUUUCGUUUGCCGAGCAUUCUGAGUGAAAGCCAGUCCUAUGCUCGGUUCAGUCUACCACUGAGGUCAGUGUGGUGGAACGUCAGUUGGCUGUUUUUCGUGUUGCUUGUGGAUUGUUUGUACAUUUCCUUUGCAGGUCUGUUCUUCAGAUCUGUGUAAGUGAAACAUUAGAACAUGUUUAGUUCACAAAACGUUCAGUUUGCUUUGAGUGGGAUACAGUUCUUAUUAAUAAGUUUAUUCCCAGAAACAAGCAGAUAUUAAUACGAAAGAGAUAAGAGAUACGUGUUGAAUAACUUCCGCUUUAGAAUUUAUUACCCGGGGAUUACUCGUUAUAGUGGCCUAUACGGGGAGGCUCCGCUCGAAGAGGGUACCUUUUUCAGACUUCAGGUAUAUGAAAGGGUAGGGAUUUUACUCGUUGAAGUAUACGAAAGGGAAGGGAAAUCUGUCAUUUGGGUCUGUGAAAGAGCCCAAAUGGGCUUACAGAUGAAAUUUUAUGGCUUUAUAAAGUCGGGAAAACGUUCCCUUUUUGUCAUUUGUUCCUAGUUAAGGUGGCUCCGUAAUUAAUACAAGAGCAUAUAGCUGUGAAAAAUUUUCGGUCAUAACUUUUUCAAUUUUAACGCGAUGGCUGCGAAAAUUUGCAAAAAACAACAGAUGUCAUUCGGCAAUAAUACGAAAUAUUCCGAUUUCAUUGAUGGUAAAUAUUUCUUGAGAAAUUAGCGUUUAAAAGGACCCUACUGUUCAAGAAAAUAGCGUCUAGUAAAAAAUUUUGCUGAUAUUUUUUACUGAAAUUUCUGGUAUCGGCUUUAAUUGAUAUAAUAAAUAUGCCAGACGAAUUUCAGAAAAAUCGUUGGAGCAGAAGUUCGUAACUAAAAGUCGCUCAAAAUUCAGCUGUGAAAUUGUUUUGGAAUCUCAAAAAUAAAUUACUAUCAGGAAGAAGGAGACAUCAGUUUCAAUUUUCGGGACAGAUAAAUUCAGUGUUUGCUAACUCUGAAAACAGAAGCCGAUUGCCUAUGGUGCUAUUCUUUAAAAGAUACUCUUCAGUUUUGGAAGCACUAUAAAUUGCUCGAAAUUUUGCUCUGACGUCGAAUGACUUCUUCCUCGACAUUUUUAAAAUAUCCCUUGGCAGUUUUGGUUCAAACUCCUGCUACAUACAUUUUGAUGUAUUGCAAUGCAUCCUCAACGGCUUUUCCUGCUGUACGUUGUUUCCAAUUCAGGAAAAAGGUAUUGGGAUUGUAAGCUACCUUGUAUCGAAGCUUAGAUAGAACUGUCGAGCACCUUUGUUUAUGACCAGAAAAUGAGCACGAGAGGCAGCUCUGCGAGGAACUCGCACCUCAGCCAGGGGGGACGAAUGACAAUGAUGCCUAUGUCUCUUCACUGUUUCCAGUUCCAUACUUAUCUCUGCUAUAAAGUAUUCAUACCCUCAGCAUCUGAUAAGAAAGCAAACAUUUAGUUGCAUCAUUCUAUGGGGGGGUGUUACAAAUAGACAACCAGCAGAGACAAUGAACACAAAUCAUUGAGUUAUCUGUCCGUACAUGACCCUAACUAUAGGAAAUGGAUACAGGCUUUAGCUGAUAACUGAAAAACAGUCUAAGCAUUGAGCAAGACAAAAUUGUUGCUACACGCUAAGUCGUACCAUCCACAAAAUAAAAACAGACUCUAUGAAAGGAGGUAUUGGAGUAAAAAGUUAACAUGAAAUAGCGGCCGUUCUGCGUGCAUGUAGUUGCACAAUAACCGUGGAAAGUUACAGUAUAAGUGAGAGAAUUUUAGACAGUGGCUAGCUUAAGCAAAAACGACGGCUACAACAACGGCAAAAUUAGAAUAAAAAAUACGUUUUGCAAACCAAGACUGGAUUCACGCUUUUUUAAGCUUGCUGCAGUAGCACGACUACGACGUGAAACAUUUGUUUUUAUACGUUUUUUGGAAGACAUGAGACUAAAAUUCUUGUUUUGGUUCUUUCUGUUUUUUUGGCGCAGAACUCAUCAUUUCCCGAAAAUUCGCGGUAUUCUUGGUUUCUUUUAAUUUAGUAGUACUAAGUGUCACCUGUUGUGUUUUGGAGGCUAUCUUGGCCUUCUACCAGGGGUACCCAACGAUGGAUUCCUCCUAAAUGAAUCAAAAGGAAAAAAGUCGUUGGGUACCCCUGUUUCACUUUUGAUAUUUCGAAAUAUUUUCAGAAAUAAGCAUGUUGUAAGGUAUUGUAAUGUCUAGAGAGAGUGUUUUGAGAACAUGGAAACCGGUUUUUCUAGCUGAGUGGUUCUUCAAGUACCAGAAGUUCGUGAAGACCAACUAAGAUAGUGAGGUUUGACAUACCUUAAACUUUUUCGACGAUUAAUAUCAAUCUUCAUUUGUGACGGUAGACGGUAAGAAAUUACCUUAAUUCAUUGAGACCUUCUUAUCUAUGGAUAAAACAAAUACACUUAUACUGCGACACUCAAUACACUUCUGAAAAUGUCACUUCUAUCCUUCGCAAUAGUAACACUCAGCAAACGUUAUCUGGAGUUAAAACACAUCAUACUGCGACCUUCACUACACUGAAAACGUCAUUCUACCCAACACAAUACGCAGCACUUGGCAAAUGUUAUCUGGAGUUAACAAACACGUACUUAUACUGCAACACUCGCUACACUAAUCGAAACAUAUUUGCUGUAAUAUACAAAACGUAACCGUUGCCCCUGGCUGCAAAAUUCUUUUUUUUGUUUACAUACUUAAAAAAAAAGGUCCUUUAAAUUUUGUUCUUGACACAUAACGACACGUUGUCGAAGUGUUUGAGUUUCAAACGAGUUUAACUAAACAGGAACCACUGACAGUCAAGGUAUCACCCAAAAUUAAAAGUAAAAGAUAUCGAUGUUUGUUUUCUCCCUUUUUACAAUUGUCCCAACAAAUAAUGAUAGAUCUUGUAACUGAUUUCGUGAUCUCAAAAAGGAAUUCCAACAGGAUUGAAAAGGGCAAAGUGCAAAGUUGUACUCCACUGUAAGACUUUCAACAUUGCAUGUUGAAAGUAAAAUAGAUUUGUGAGUUUCUACUCGUGUUGGUUAGAAUAGGGUAAAUAAAUCUAAUAUUGUAGUAUUUUUUCUUUCACUUGUAGGAAGGCUUAGUGUACCUUUCUAUGGCCUCUGUUGCACCAUCACCCCUGGCCAGUUCUGUGGAGAAGACAAAUGGAGCCAAGCUCAGCAGGCUUCUCAUCGACGGUGGAACAACAGUUCUUAGAAAUAUUUUUGAUAUCUAUCAUCCUCCUGCGAACUUGAUUACUGACUUAAAUGCUAAUUAUUUCAUUCUAAACAAUCUCUUACGUCGUCGAGUUCUAAAUGGCCAUCAAUGGGACAAGCUGUUUCCACCUGGUGGAGUCCCUCCAGACUCCAACACCUUUGACAUCACUCUUCUUUUUCUCCUUCUGACCAACAUUUGUGGACUAGCCCCUCCCCCCUCAGGAUGGCACACUAUGCCACCCCCAAGUGACACGUCUCGUGAGGCUAACCUUGCACGGGUUAAGUUCUAUCGCAAUGUCUUGUACGGUCAUGUGACAACCACUGGUGUUGAUACACCAACUUUCUCUGCUCUGUGGACUGAAAUUAGUGGUGUUCUUGUGGCUCUUAAUCUUAAUCAGGCAGAAGUAGAUAGGUUGAAGGCAGAGAAAGGUGGAGAGCAAGAUUAUAUUGACGUGUUGAUUGAGUGGGCUGACAGCGAACAGGAUAUUAAGUCACAGUUGAAAAACAUACAUCAGUCCCAGAGCCUAACUCAUAGAGCAGUUGAGGAUGUACGUCACGCUCAAGCGAAGCUUCAAAAGACAGUGGAAGACGUGCAUCAGACCCAAGCUAUGACACAAACGACAGUGGAAGACAUACAUUUGACCCAGGCCAGUACUCAAAAGACAGUAGAAGACAUACAUCAGAGCCAUUCCAAAACACAAAAGACAGUGGACGACAUACAUCAGUCCCUGGCCAAGACACAAAAGACAGUUGAAGACGUGCAUCAGACCCAGGCCAACACACAAAAAACAGUGGAAGACGUGCGUCACUCAAUGAAUAACACUCAACAAAGCUUUGAAGAAGUCUCAGCACGUCUCAAGGAAAUAAAGGAAACAGUGGAUAGCUUAAACGACGCAAAAGAAAAAGACAGGACAGACGAGGUCCUUAGUAAUCUUACCAAGUCUGAAUUCAGAGGUGACAUUGAGUAUUAUGCGGAACGAUUUCAAGAAGGCACCCGUGAGUGGGUCUUUGACAGAGUUCAGAACUGGCUGGAUGACAAAAGUUCUCAAAACCGUGUGAUGGUAAUCAGUGCAAAUGCAGGGAUGGGAAAAUCUGUCAUCGCAGCUGUGAUUUGCAGGACAAUGCAAGAGGCUGACAGGCUGUCAGGAAGCCAUUUUUGUCAGUAUAACAAUGUACGCUACUGUAGGCCUCAGUUGAUGAUUCAGUCGCUUGCCUGUCACUUGUCCCGUGCCCUGCCAGAGUACAAGCAAGCUCUAGUGGAACAGCUGUCAAGAAAUCUGGGUACAGAUCUCAACAACAUGGGUGUAGAGGAGUUGUUUGCACUUCUUUUCAAGGAACCUCUUAGUGCUGUAGGUGAUCCAGGAAGAAACAUGCUCAUGGUGAUAGAUGGCUUGGAUGAAAGUGAAUACGAAGGAAGAAAUGAGCUUCUUGAUGUAAUUUCAAAUCAAUUUUUCAAGCUUCCUAAUUGGAUUCGUUUUCUUCUCACAACGCGUCCAGCCAUUAACAUUACAGAAAAACUGAAACAUUUGAAGCCAUUCGAACUGAACUAUAAUGAUGAAAAAAAUAUUGAAGACGUCAGAGUUCUUUUUCAAAAAAACCUGGAACACGUGGUCAAGCUAGGAAAUUUAGGCGAGUAUGUAGAGCGACUAGUUUUGAAAUCUGAAGGUCUGAUGCUGUACGCCCAUUUCCUUGUAUUGUUGAUCACUGAAAAUCCAUCAAUUCUUCACGAGGAAGACGUUGUUGACAGUUUACCGUUAGGAAUUUCUUCAGUGUAUCAUUCCUACUUUGAACGUCUCGAGCGUGAGCUCUUGAAGGAACUCCACAUAAAGGAAGAAAAUUUCCUGAAUCUGUUAUCUGCCAUUUCCACUUCAAGGGAGCCCCUGCCAGUGGGUUUUGUUUCUAAAAUAUUAGUACCGAACUCACAUUCACUACUUGCAAGGCGUAAAGUGCUGAGAGCCCUGGGCAGUGUCUCUGCACUUCUUCCUGUUCGUGAGGAUUGUCUUCAUGUCAUUCACAAGUCGGUUAAAGAUUGGUUGACAGACAUUUCAUGUUAUGGUGAGCAUGAAUUCAGCACGAGUGAAAACGAGGGACACCGUAUACAAGAAGCUCUGUGUACUGACGAACUUAAAAAUCUGAAACGGAAAAGUGUAAACAAAGUACAAUUUAGCAUCACUGAGAGGUACGCGCUGUAUCAUGGAGCACAUCACAUGCUACACAAGAGCAUCAAAAGAGAGCCACAUGAGCUGAACGAACUGACAAGGGCCUACAUUUUAGAUUUAGAAAUUGUGUAUGCCAAGACCUGCGUUAACAGCACAACAGCGACUGAAGACCUUCAGUGGCUUAAAGAGCAGGGGACUUUUACGUUGUUAUCAAAAGAUAACCAAAGUAUUGUGGACACCUUGUUGUUUCUAUUAAGAAAAAACCUCCGUUUGCUUACGGAUACCCCUCAUACUUUUCUUCAAACCAUUCUUAACCAAGGAGGAAAAGUGUUGACGGUUGAGGCGUCACAUCUUUUGCGAAAUAAGUAUCCUGAAAUACCAUAUAUGGAGGAUGUUCACAAGGAGACUCAGCAGGGAGGUGUUAUAGCCCGAUUUGAAUGUUCAUCUGAUGUGAUCUGUUUGGACGUCUCUCCACAGUUGGAUUAUAUGGUGUGUGAAUGUUACGACGGAAUGCUUCAUCUAUGGUCACUCCAUACUGGCAAGCUAGUGUGGACACGUCCAGUAGUAGAGAAAAAGGAAUUCCGUUGGUAUGCACCAUUUAGCUAUACUAGAAAUUUAGGUUUAGAUCCCUCAGAUCGUGUUUAUUCAUUCUUUCGUUCUGUCGUUUUCCACCCUACAAAGAAAUGUAUUUUAUCUGGGAGUCUAAGUCAGGUCUACACUAUGGAAGGAGACUUGAAACCGCUCUUUCCCGGAAGUAACUGUAGAUUCUCGGUUUGCUCUAUUUCCUGCGACAACACCAUGAUUCUAACUAAUUGUCUUGAAAGUCGUAAAUGCCUUGUUUGGUGGAGUUUGCAAAAUGGUGGCGAGAUCCAUCGGAUCUACGAAGAUGAAAACAUUUUAUCAUUUGCAUGGUCUGGCGAUGGAAGGCUUCUUGCAAUUUCCCAUUCUUCCGGAGUAAUAAGUUUGGUUAAUGUGCUGUAUGGAUUCAGAUUUAAUCUAGUACAUAAAUCUGUCCGUAAUAGCCGUCCUUUAUUUCACAGAAGAGACGUGGAAGUAUUUGGCAUGGUAAAGUUUUCACCUGAUCAUCGAUUUGUUCUUUGUUGUUCUAUAGAACAGCUUGACCAAGUCUUACUUUGCCUCAAGGUUGUAGAGGGUGCCCCAAACAGAUUUUCUUUAACGAGAGUGUCUUAUGAUUCCAAGAAUUUUGAAUUUUUUAGUGAUUGUGGUUUUUUUUUUGGUGAUCUUAUUGCCACAGACGAUUCUGUGCCAGGGAAUAUUGUGUUUGGUCUCAACAAACAACAUCUGUUACGAUCAAGUGGUAGCUCAAUAGAAAUGGUGAAUAUCAAUAACGUCAGAAGAAUCGAUCAAGGUAAAUCCCCUAGACCUAGUGGGAUAGCACUCAGUUUGGAUGGUCAGACCGUGUUUAUUGCAAGUGGCACAUCAGUCACUGCUUAUGACGUGUUCAGUGGGAAUCGUAAAGCUGAGAUAAAACCCGUACCUUUCGAAUAUUUGUGUUCUGUUAAAGGAGGUGUUCUAAUGUCAAAGAAAAGAGGCCCUAACUCAACAGAGUUGUGGGAUUAUAGCCUCUCUAAAACUGUCAAAGUAUGGACCAACCUGAAUUUUGACGUUGAAAAACUGAUCCCAAUAUCAGAAGAACGAGUAGCAGUCGUAGGAAGGGCUGAUGUGGCAGUCCUGGAUACAAGCAGUGGAACAGUUGUGUCAACAAUCCCAUCUUUAGGAGGAAGUUCAAGAGUUCUUACUUGCAACAGUAAAUGUCAGCUGUUAAUUGACAGGACGAGGGAUGGACCUCGUCCUGGCUAUCUUCAGUUGUUAGAUGGUACAACAGUUGUUUGGCAAAAGGAAGGCUUUGGAACGGUCAUUGAUUAUAAGAGUGGGGCAUUCUCACCUAAGGAACAGUUCCUUGUUGUUGCGUCGGCUCGAGGCAUGUUAGUUCUGGAUUCUAAAACAGGAAACACACUCCGUACUUUACCUAAUUCACGGCCAUUUCCCGACGAAAGUCACUGUACUUUUAUAAGUGACGACGAAUGUGUUGCUUAUACUGGUGAUUACACUUAUCAGCUGUUAAACGUCAAAUCUGGUGAACUUUUAACUGCAAUUGAUCACGGAAGUUUCGUGACCUGUGUAGCAGCCUGUCUCUUUAAUCGUGUUGUCGUCUUCGGCCUGGGCCAGAACGUUACACCUAAUUUUAAAGUUUUCAUGGCGUGUUUGCCACGAGGCGAUGACAGUGAAAACGGGAAAAGGUGAGCUGUCGGUAAAUCGUAAUUUAUUUUCUGUCAUUUAGCCUUUUUUGCUAGAAGACCUGCUAGAAAUCAUCAGUAGUUUUUCUCCAUUAUUUCUCCACCACUUUUUUAUGGAUUCAUUUGAAGAAAACUCGUAUAACCGGGGCAUUUGCUCUUUGGAACAACAAUCUUAGCAGGCGACAGGCGACGGGUUUUCACGCAUGCUGCAAAAGAUUCCACCCUCUGAAAGACUGUCUGACGCAUAUACAGAAUUUACCAUUUUUAAAAAUGUCCGUACAAAAACUAAGAACCCCAAUCACUUAACUUCCUCUUUCACGUUCUUUUUAAUUUAUUUAGUUGAUAAUCUAACUACAAGGAUUUCCACUAAGUGAAAAGUGAUCCUCGUAGUUACGUAUACAAUUUUAGCAUUUUUGAAAGGGCAUUGAAAAUUAAAGGGAUUCGAACCCAUGAAAUCAGCAUGACGGAUGUUCUAAGCUACUGAGUUCAAGACCCCAUCACGCCACGUGGACGGUAAUAUAGAUUCAAUAACUGAGACUACGAAUAUGGAUGACCCCUGCGAGAAUUUAUAAAUCAGUUCCGCAAAGUAAAGCCCGUCCUCCCCCCCCUCCCCCCCCCCCACCCCAACAUUCCAAUAUUCCAAUUCAAGUUUUGUACCCCCCCUGUUAGUUAAAAGUGUUUCCAUUUCAUUUAAUUGUGUAUAUAAAAAAGUCUCUUUGUAAUGAUUUUCACCCUCCCAAGCUGAUCGCCUGGGCCCGGUUCCUCGAAAGACGGUUAACUUUAACCCAGGAUUAAGCAAAAUUUUAAGCAAGGUUUUCUUGUCUAAAGACGUGCAAAUGGAACUAAAAAAGACACGGUUGAGCCUUUGAUCCGAGAUACAAUAAUGACAACACAAAGGCUGUUACUCUAACCAAUGCAUAGGAAAGUAAAUUACAAAAUCAGAACAAAAUUUGUUUGAAGUUUUCCGGUGACCGCUAUAUACAGGGCCGUUAUAUACAGGUUUGACUUUAAUUAUUACGUACAGGGGCACCCAACGGGAAAUUUUGAGACAACAAAGCAUGAAUAAAGCUUUCUGAAGCCAUUUUGAGCAUGUUGGGAAAUUGCUGGGAAAAAUGUAUCUGUUCCUCACUCCCAGUAAAACUGAUGAAAGAGUUUCCAGCCAACAAGGUGCACCUACAACCUGCAAUUUGACUUACUGAGAAGUUUUCCAGCAGGCGUAUGUCCAGACCUUAUUGGUCAGUUUGGGUGUGGUCAUAGGGCAAAAUUCAAUCCUUUAGUUGGUGGGGGGAGGGGGGGGGAAGAGGUUUCUGACAAAUAGCACAUAGCAGCUCUUCUAGACAUCAAAUUUCCUCAGACACCAUGGAUUGUCUAUUUCCCAGCAACACUUUCCUUCCAAGGACAUAUUGUUUUUCCCAAAUCUCCCAGCCAGCAAAAGUUUGCCUGAAGAACAGAUAUUUUGAGGAAUAGAUCCGUUGGGUGCCCCUGUAUGUAGUCAAGAAACCUCGCGACAAGCUCGUUCUAACAAUACUUUCUUCCAUAAUUUUUUAGCCGUACCAGCGGAGCAACAUUGGGUGGACAGAAGAGUUCAUAUUCGGCACAGCAAGUAUGUAUAAGUUGUUUGGUUUUGGUAUAAACUAGAAACAAUUAAUAUUGAUUGACUGAAUGCUUCGACUGAUACUAAGCGCGGUUGGAGCAAGUAACUUUCCAAACAACUUGAAGAAGUUUGGUUGGAUAUAAAGCUCGCUCUAAAACUGAGUUUGCAUGUCAACAAUGUGUUGUUAACUAAUAUUGCUCAGUUAUCUUAAUCUGGACAGUACAUUAAUGAUUCUGAAGAUCAACGGGAAGGAAAAAGAAUGCGAGAUUAGGAAAGCAUCAGCAGCACGCGGACCAAGUAAAUCAAAACGGAGGAAAUAAUCACGGUUGAAUUUUUUCUAGAAUAACCAACAAGCCAAAGGGAGAAGUGAAGACUAAUGAUGAUAAUCGCGGGUUAUUAUUAUUACUAUUAAUUGUCUAUCUAAUAGCAUCCUCAACUCCAAGUAGUACUUUAAAACGUUUGUGUCCCUUUUCAGUUUCAGAAAAUGAACUGUUUUUUUUGCUUGCUGCUAUUCCUCAAAAUGCGGUUCACACCUAGUAUCUAGUCACAGUUUUGCGUAUUCGUAUUAUUAUUUUUUCUAGUACGUCAGUUAUUUGGUCUUUGCAUACCGAUAGCUGUGAUCUUUUCUUCUUUUAAUAUCUUUUUUUCACUCUGCCAAAACAGCUAAGUUGCCGUUCCUCUGUCGUGUGUGACGUCAAACAUGGGUAAUUUUCCAUAGUACAUUUAUUGACCAUCACUGACGUCAGUAAUAAAAAACAUUGCAAACAUCUCCCAAAUUUGUCAAUGCCCCCUGGGUAUGAAGAGUUGGUCGGCGGAUGAAUUAGCCAAUCGGAAAGAAAGACAUAUUUUGAAUGAAUAAUAACAAUUCAUUAUUUAUUAACAUUUUUAACGCAGUUAAGAAAUUCCUGAAACUAACAAAAUUUUGCAAGGUUCCAGUUUAAGAAUGCGUUCCUAUUACAUUACAAAACAAGAAAAUUGUCAGAUUUGGCAAAGGGUUGUUAGGAAUGAUCGCUAACUGUGUAAAUAAGUAGGUUGAGUUUGAUCGUCCGGGUGAACGUAGUUCUGAAUAGGACUUUUGUUGUUGACAGUGACUGACGUUUCGAGAACCUACGGUAGUCAUCUUCCGAGUCAAAGUGUUUUGUAUCACGUCAGUUGAUGGUAUUACGGCACAGGUUGUCGAAACGUCAGUCACUGUCAACAACAACAGUCCUAUUCAGGACUACGUUUACCCGGACGAUCAAACUCAACCUACUUAUGAAGUGACUCCUGGAUUCAAAUUUUUCGCAAGGCCAUCACGAAAAAUAGUUAAUUUGAACAUUUUGAAUGUGCGUUCAUUCCUGGACUUAUGACCAAGCGAAAUAGAACAGUGGAUGUAAUUUAAUUUUAACUUCUUUCCAGGGCGAGCAACACUCUGAAGUUCAAAGAGGCGAAAAGCGAAAGGAAAAUGAGCAAGAGGUUAGUUGUUAG